AUGGGUGCUAUACAAGGUUUGAAACUUGCACAACGCAUCGACUUUGCCCGCAUCAUGAGCCCACAAGGGAAUCACUUGAAAAGGCGGCUGAUAGAACGUUCUGGCGAGAUGGUCGGGGACGAGAUGGCCCAAGUGGUCCGACCUCCACCACUCGGCUUCCCCUGUCUAGGCUUGGGCAACCUGGCAGUAUCCCAGCCCUCGUGCUUCCUUCGGGUGGCAUGGCAGCUAGGUACCGGAAGGGUGCUACAGCUGAACGCUUUCUUUCUUUCUAUCACGAAAUUAUGCCAAAUCCUGGCUUGUGGAAUCUCCCUCGAUCCUUCCUAUGAUUGGAGGAUGACACUCGGAAACAUCACGUACUGCAUUCUCGUACUUCUGUUCCAAGCAAACGCCGCAUUCCGGAUCUACGCUCCACCCCUCUCGGAAGAAUUCAUUACCUUCCUUAACGAUCUUUUGUCAAAUGGCCCGCCAGACGAAUCCGACAUCCAUUCGCCAUCAUGCUCUGUCGACGAGUUGGACAAUGUAUUGGACUGGAAGCGAUUGAUCCGUCUACCGGAAAUUUGCUUGCUUCAGGGGUUCAAACCACUCCAAAUUCCAACGCAGCAGCGCUUAUGCGAAACGGAGUCGCAGGCGCCGUUAUUCCCAUUCAAUAUGGAUUGGUUACAUGCACGAAAUUCGGUGAAACCGCUUCAAACGGAUGCUGAUCAACCGAAUGCUAACGUGCUUCAUUAUUUCCGUCUGACAUCCUCUCAACAAAUCAUCCACGAGCGGAUUGAAUUCAUCCUAAAGUCGGCUCGCGAUUACUCUAAAGGAACGGCCAUAAAGCUGGAGAAAAUUUAUUCUUUAAAAAAUCGUUUAACUGUAGCACUUCUUCGGUGCCUAGCUUCCGUGCCACUAGAAGGAAGCACUAGGGAUGGGAUACUGUCAGGUCGCCCAAGCCUAGACAGGGGAAGCCGAGAUACAGAGUUCGGGUUCGAACCACGAACCUUCCGGUCAUUAAAUUCGCGCUCUAACAAACUGAGCGAUCUCGCAGGAACACUAGUCGCCAUUACUAUCUUUGUUAACCGAACCGCCGUCCAACGAACCUUUUUCUGUGUCGAACUGCCUUUCAUCUACUUGUUGUUUACCUCUUUGUCUUGUGGUCUGUCCUCCUCACAUAGAAUCAUUGCCCGUGAGUAUCCAGCUUUACUUGGCUGGAUUGAUGGCGAUUCCGGGCCGCUGAAUUCAUCUUUCCCCAACGGUCUAUUCCGUACCGUUGCUAGAAAGCCACCUGUUCUCGCUGAACUGAUAAUUCCUUCGCACGUCAGUCAGCAACCGUCCUCUGAUGACACACCGCUGGAUGAGAACAACUUGACUAUCAUGCACCGAACUGAGGCUAAUAGCUCAACGGGAAAUCAGACUCUGUUCAACCACCAUGCGGUGCCUCUACAAAUAGAGAUUCAGCCGAAUGAUAAUACAACCAACACAUCAGACCAACGUGUGCUCACGGAACAAUCACUUCCCGUCCAACGUUCUACCAACGCUGCUUCCGAUGCUUCAUCUGAACCAACGGCGCAUGUGGACCAAAUCGCUGGUGAACGAAAUCUGCACUCAGGAAUGGCAAUCACACCACGUUCACCAAAUGAGCCAGUAGAGUGGAGGGCUACGCCCGCGAAUUCAAUUGAACAAAUCUCCAGUAGGACAGCAGAUGCUGCGCGUUCUACUUCGACAACGACAACCUCUGGAUCUGCAUCCGGUGGUUUGAUUGUGAACGCGGAACUGGCGAAAUUCAUUCAAGAACAGGCUAGUCAGGUCGCAGCCAGACAGCAACGUGCCGAACUGUCCUCGUUAAGUCCGAACAUCAACGGUGAUCAUCCCGAUGCAGCAAACAGGGCCCCGUCCACCAAUAAUGAUGGUUCAACUGUUCACAGGACCGGUAAGGCGAACCAGACUCGCCUUUGCUUGAGCGCUGCGUUUCGUCGCGACCUUCCUCCGCGUUUUGCUCGACGAUUACAAGCGGAGCUACUCGAACGCGAAGCACAGGAACAGAGACUUGGCACAAAUGUUGAGUCGAGUGAUAAGCUAAAUCGCGAAUUUACUGACCGGAAUGUCCGUGGUUCGAACCCGACCUCUACAUCUCCGCUUCCCCUGUCUAGGAUUGGGCACCCUGGCAGCGGUAUCCCAGCCCUCGUGAAACCUUCGGGUUGCAUGGCAGUUAGGCACCGAAAGAGUGCUCCAGCUGAACGAUUUUUUCGGGAUUGGGUUUCGCUCACUUCGAGCGUAGCCAUGCUGAAUCUCGACCAGCCUGCUCCAUUGGCUCGUAAAGAAUCCGAAGCACCGUUUGAACUUAAUUCAUUGUUAUCUACAACAGGUGAUCCGGUUGCGUCCGAUGAACUGAUCACCAUAUCCCCAGCUGUUAACUCCAUUGAGGCUGGUAUCUUCUCUUCUGGCUCACUUCAGCCCGCACACGUACUCCAUGCUCGACAGCUCACCACCAGUUCGACUCCAUUUCUUACUCCAGUCCAAAACGCGUCAUUGGAUGUGAGCCCAAGAUCGUACGUCGCACCUCCACUUUCUAUGUACCCCACGCCUCCGAUGCCUUUACCCUUCUCCCGGUCACACAUGAUUCCAGAUUUCCAAACGGCACCGCCCACAGCGCCACCAGCACCUCCAGUGUUCGGUUCUCAAAUCCCACCGCGAUCCUCACUGUAUGACUGGCAUCCACCUAAUCGGGUGUUUGAUCCGGUAAACACAGCUCCGGUGUCCUUCGCAUUACCCUACACCUCCACUGUGAUUCCUGCACAGCCGGUCCACUCAACCAUGUCAAAUCCAUUGCUCCCGAUUUCAGACCAUCUUCCUCCGCUAGACCUUGACAACAUCGGUGAAGGUGUUGGUUUCCCAGGACAGUACCGCUUGAGGUCGCUAGGACAAUCAGCAGAAUACAACUCCGCCACUGUGAAUACGGAUGCCGCAAGAUUUGUCCAGCACUCACUGCUGCUGAACAGUUCUGCAACGUCCACAAAAGGCUUCGCCUAUCCAACGGAAGGACUACUGGAGUCUAGUGUACUCCAUCCGGCGGCGGUGGUUACCUCCACCGAGCAAGAACAGUGUCUCAAUUUCCCGCCGCUGUCAUGCCACACGAAGGAGGCACGAGAGCUGGGAUCUGCCAGAUCGCCCAAGCCUAGACAGGGGAAGUCGAAUGGCAGAGGUCGGGUUCGAACCACGGACCUUCCGGUCAGUAAAUUCGCGCUCUAA